AAUCCUUUCGCGCGUAGAUCGCCGUCUGUCUCCUUUCCUCCCACAACCAUCGCCCUUCGUCCAUCCAACAUGACCCAGAGUCCAUUCGCCCCAUUCGGAUACCAGAACAUGGCCCCCACUGCUGCUGCCGGCUUGAAGUCGAAGCGAAAGAGGAUGUCCUGGGGCGCGGAGGAAGAGGAGUCGGGUUCCAAGCACAUGCGCGUUCGAUCUCCCACCAUGCAAUACUCAAACUACGCUGUGCCCGACUUGGUCACCGACCACUCGAAUAAUGCGUCCGACGACGACCAGGUCAUGGACAUGGACCAAGAUAUGGACAUGGCCGACUCAUCAUCCGCUGUCGGACCUUCUUCGCCCGUCGACAACUAUUCGCAAGGCAGCUAUGCCUAUGAGAGCGGAGGUAGCGGGGGUUUCGGUUUCGGCCCCGGGGCAGAGGAGGAUGGCUUCGAUGAUCUCGAGAUGAUGGAUGACAUGGGUGCCAAGCACACAAAAAACUUUCCUUCCCUCACUCCUCAUCCCAAUCCUCAUCACUUUUCCAACCAAGGGACCGGUAUGCGUGGUACUUCUCCACUUGCUGCGCAGGCCUUUAGCACUGGUCUUCCCGCCCCUCCUACCAGAGGCAUCUAUCAGCCGACCGCAUCUGGGCCUCUCGCUGCCAACGCAUCAGACAUUGACCGGGCUAGGGCCCAGCAUGGGCCAUGGUGCAAGAGUAUCCCCAAGCUCAUUAUGAGCGAGUAUCCGGGUGCCAGCGGUAAGCGGUCCAUGUGGACUGUCUGCAGUGACUGUGGCGCUUGUGAGCAGACCACCGAUUAAAGCUCGUGGUCCAAGAUAUUUAGUCUGUUGUGUUUCGCCAUUUCAAGCAUUGUUGGUGAAUAUACUCUAGUCAUUAUUUUCGAAAAGCCCCAGGCGGGCUCCGUGUUGUAGACUUGUAGGUCAGUAUUACUUUUCAUGCUGUAGUCACUGGAUAUCUCUGCCCAGAAUUUAUGC